AUGGCUCCACCGCCUAGUAUAGCUGGUUGCCCUCCUGGUCUUGAAUAUCUAACUCAAAUUGAUCAACUUUUGAUUCAUCAACUGGUCGAAUUAUUAGAAUUAUUUACAAACUGGGAAACGCACAACAGAUACAUGGUUAAGAACAGCAUGGGUCAACAAGUCUAUUUUGCUGCUGAGCAAAACGAUUGUUUAACUUUACAAUGCUGCGGACCAUUGCGUUCAUUUGAGAUGAGCAUUUGCGAUAAUAAUAACCGAGAAAUCAUCCAUUUGGUACGUCCUCUUCGCUGCUCUUGCUGCUGUUGUCCCUGCUGCUUACAGGAAUUGGAGGUGCAAUCACCACCUGGCACACCCAUUGGUUAUAUCGAGCAACAGUGGUCUGUUAUCUUUCCUGAGUUUAAAAUUUUGGACGCCAACAGAAACCCAGUCCUAAGAAUUAAAGGACCAUUUUGCCCUUGUUCAUGCUUUGGCGAUGUUAACUUUGAGGUUUUACCUCUUGAAGGUGAAACACCCGUUGGCAAGAUAACGAAACAGUGGUCUGGCUUUUUAAAAGAAGCAUACACAGAUGCCGAUAAUUUCGGAAUAACAUUCCCAAUGGACUUAGAUGUGAAGAUCAAAGCAACACUCUUGGGCGCCGUCUUCCUCAUAGACUUCAUGUUUUUCGAAGAUAACCAAAAUAAUCGAAACAACUAA